AUGUCCGCCCCUCCCUCUUCGCUUCAUCUCGACGGCUCGCUCGGCGCGACGCUCGUCGGCGCUGUCGUGGGUACCUUCCUGUUUGGAAUAGAGUCGUUGCAGGUGUUCAACUAUUACUACGAGUAUACGAAGGAUCCAAAGUCGCUGAAAACCGCGGUUGCAACUGUUUGGUCCGUCGGGCUAGCGCAUUCUGUGACCCUCUGGCACGCGCUCUACAGCAUCACCGUCACAUUCUAUGGCCAACCCUCGCACGUUCUGCGCCCGCCACAUUCGCUCGAGCUGACAGUGCUCUUCUCUGCCCUCACCAACAUCACCGUCCAAACGUUCUUCGCGCUUCGUAUCCGCACCCUUUCCGGCCACUGGCCCAUCACCAUCCUGGCGUUUGUGCUUACCACCGUACGCCUCUCGAUCCAGCUCGUCAUGAUGGUCUUCUUCUGGGACUCGCCCGGCUUCCGCAUCAUCUACGAGGAGCUCUACUGGGAGAUGGUCACCGUUUCUGUCAUCGGCCUCGUCGUCGACAUGCUCAUAUCGGGCUCGAUGUGCUGGUGUCUGCUCGUGAAGCGCCAUGAGACGGACUUUCCACAAACGCGUAAAAUGGUCGAUACGCUGAUCGUGUGGUGCAUCGAAACUACGUCUCUGACAGCAGCUGCCGGGCUCCUGGAAUUAGUAUUGUUCCUCUCCAGGCCUGAUUUAGCAUGGAUGACUUUCUUCCUAGUCCAGCCGAAACUGUACUCCAACUCGAUGCUCGCGCAUUUGAACGGCCGUGAACGGCUUCGUCGGUAUGGUGGCUCGCAACUGGGCACAGCACAGCUCCCACUAACGGCGCAACCCGAUGAUGUCAGCUUUCGCGUGCGUGCUCGCACUGCGGCUGGCGUGUGGAGCGAGAUGGACGCGAAACAUGCGGCCCCGGAGGCGCAAGUGGGUGCGGUUGGCGGUGGCCCAACCGCCGGGGAUCUGGAGGCUGCGGAGCAUCGAACGUCUUCGUCGUCGGUCAGCUCAGGCUGCAUGGAUGGGCAGACGGCAGACGGCGCGCGGAGAAGACCGAGGAGUCGGUCUUGA